AGCGCGUCGAACGUCGACGCCGACGCACGUGCGGGUGCCGACGGCGGUGCGGCGCGCCGGUGACGUGGCGGUGACGGUAGUGGUAGGUCGGUGACGAGUGGUGGUCAACACCGGACGAGGACGGACCGUCGACACGACACAGAGGAGCCUACCGAUCGUCAGAGACACCUUUACACCGAAGAAACCCAGACCAUCGUCAUGUGAAGGUCGGGCGACCGUCGUCUCCUCUGUUGUGUUUCUGGAAAUUUAUACCAUGGCCGCGUUGGACGUGACUUAGACAAGAAAUAGUGUUGCUGAGCUCCCCGCGAUGGCGGAGAGCGUCAAGGUGCUGGUGAGAUGCCGGCCAAUGAACAGCAGAGAGAAGAACCUCAACUGCGAGGUGGUCGUCUUCAUGGACGACAGCAUCAUGCAGGUGUCCAUCGUCAACCCAUCCGACAAGAAUUCGCCACCCAAGUCCUUCACGUUCGACGGCGUCUACUACAUGGACUCGGUCACGGAGAACAUCUACAAGGACAUGGCGUACCCGCUGGUCGAGGGCACCCUCGAGGGCUACAACGGCACCAUCUUCGCCUACGGACAGACCGGCUGCGGCAAAUCCUUCUCCAUGCAGGGCAUCCCCGACCCUCCUACCCAGCUCGGGUUGAUACCUAGGGCCUUCGAGCACAUCUUCGACGCCAUCAGCACAUCAACAGAGACCAAAUAUCUGGUGCAUGGAUCCUACCUAGAAAUCUACAACGAAGAGAUUCGGGAUCUGCUCGGUAACGACCCGAAGAAGAAGAUCGAGCUGAAGGAACACCCGGAGAAGGGUGUGUACGUGCAGGACCUCAGCCGGCAGCCAUGCCACAACAAGAACGACUGCGACAUGCUGAUGCAGAAGGGCUGGAACAACCGCUCUACCGGCGAGACGCUGAUGAACAAGGACUCGUCGCGCUCGCACUCCAUCUUUACCAUCUUCUUGGAGAUGAUCACGCCGUCCAAGAAGGGCAAGGACCAGCUGAGGGCCGGCAAGCUCAACCUGGUGGAUCUGGCCGGCUCUGAACGACAGGCGAAAACAGGGGCCACUGGAGAUCGGCUGAAGGAGGCGACCAAAAUCAACCUGUCGCUAUCGGCGCUGGGUAACGUCAUCUCGGCGCUGGUGGACGGCAAGAGCAAACACAUCCCCUACCGAGACUCCAAGCUGACCAGACUGCUGCAGGACUCUCUGGGCGGCAACACCAAGACGAUGAUGGUCGCCUGUCUGUCACCUGCCGACAACAACUACGACGAGACCCUCAGCACCCUCCGCUACGCCAACCGUGCCAAACAGAUCAAGAACAAGCCCAAGAUCAACGAGGACCCCAAGGACGCGCUGCUAAGGGAGUACCAGGAGGAGAUAAAAAAGCUGAAGGAACAGCUGGGCGACGGCGGCGGCCCGAUGACGGGUGCGCCCCAAAAAGUGGUAGAUGAAGAGGCGAUUGCACAAGAAAGGGAGAGGUUAAGAGCGGAAUAUGAAGAGGAAAUGCUACAAAUGAAAAAGGAAUUAGAAGCUCAAAAGAAGAUGGGAGAAACCAACGGGGUGCAAGCACAGAGACAAAAGCAGAUGGAAUUGGAGGCGGCGAAAAUUAGGGAAGAGUUUAUCGAACGUGAAAAGAAACUGAAGGAAGAGCUGGAGCAUCAGAAGUCACUCCUCACUGGUGGCUCCAUUCCCGACAACGCCGACCCUGAGGUCGUAGAAAGGCUAAAAGAGCUCCAGAGUCAGAUGGUGGGAGGCGAGCAGGCCAACAACAAGCAGGCUCUGAUGAAGCGGAAGAAGGUGACGGAAGAGGUGCAGCGGCGCCGUAAGGAGAUCGCCGCCGCGCUGGGACGGGGCGCAGCCGAGGACGAAGACGAUGACGAAAUCCUGGUCAAGGCCUACGAUGACGUGCAGGCCACGCUCAAGGCGCGGACAGAGCUCGCCAAGAAGAUGAAAGUCCGGUUGCGAGCCCAGGAGCAGGAGAUCCGCGACAUCCAGCGCGAGUUCGCCACUGAGCGGGACGACUACCUGGAGACGAUCCGUCGCCAGGACCAGCAACUGAAGCUGAUGCAGCAGCUGAUGGAACGCGUCCAGCCCACCAUCAGGAAGGACUGCAACUACGCCGACGUCGAGGCCAUCAAGAAGCAGGCCGUCUGGGACGAGAUCGACCAGCGCUGGCGGCUGCCCGAUGUGCAGAUGGUGAAGACGAAGCUGCCCCCAGCAGGCCCCUCAAACUUCCUGGCGGCUGGCGGGGGUAGCCUGAACGGCUCCAAGGGCAGCACGAGCGGCAGGGUGCCGGCCCAGACGGCGCCGGCGCGACUCGGCAUCGCCUGGGACAGCGACGAGGAGGACAAGUUCCUCAAGAGGUUAGAAAAGGGUGCUGAAGAAGACAUAGCUGGCCAGUAUUUCAAGCCAACCGGUAACCGGCAGGCAGAAAUUUUGUUGAAAACUCAGCAAACAGCAGAAAAAGCAGCCAAACUUAGCCAAGUUACAGAUCGCAUGCGGCCCAGUGGCGGCAACCUGUUCGGUAUGAGCUUUAGCCACAACGCGCUGAAUACGCUGGGUGGCUUCAACGGGUCGCUGAACGGUUCGUUGAACAGCAACAGCUCGAUGAGCAGUUCGUGGGGCAACUCGCCGACGGAGCCGCCGCGCCUCCCUCCCACCUUCGGCCUAUCAUCUUUCUCACCGGAAAGGUCGAGGAAACCCAAACGGUUAGCACCAGUCAACGACAAAAAGAAGAACACCAUGGACUUUAUAUAGUAUUUGGCAGUUUUUCACUGCGUGGUGUUCAAAGUGCGCUGCUCUGCCUGCGAGUGCUGAGCGGUACAGUCUACCGACUCAGGCGGACGCCGCGGCGACCCCUGCCCGGUCGCGGCUCGCCUGCGGCGCUGUUGGUUCGGCGCGCCCCCUGCAGGUGGCGGUGUUGUCGUUGGCGGAGCCGUUAGAUGUUGCCAUUGUGCGCAUUGCGUCCCCGAGAGUCGUGGCGGAGUGUUCGGCUGCCGUUGGGUGUUCGAAUUCGUUGUUGCGGACGAUGGGUUGUGUUCAGCCCCCGCCGUUGACAGCUCAUUUUGUCGAUGGAGCUGUGGAGUUCAACUCACGAGACUGUUCGUUCCGUCGGCGCAUUUUCUAGUAUCGUUUGGGCUCUCCCCCUGACAACAGCUCCGUGUUUCCACCCAACGUCGCGUCGAUAGCUACGCCAUGGUGUAGAAUUCGCGAAUGCCUUGAAAACUUUGCGCCCACAUCCGAUGCCGUAUUGGGAAACCUGGUCGGCUUUAGACCAUGAGCAGCAAAAAAUGUGUGUAUGCUCUUGUUUUGCGAUCUUUCGCUGACGGCUCCGACCAGGCAGUUGAUGUUUGCGGCACAGAUGUCUGUGAUAUUCUCCAGUGCAAUGAUUGAAGUUAAUUGCACAACAUGUUUCAGCACAAAUGGAUGGGAUGUUUUUCUGAUAUGCUACGCUAUGUGGUUUUCGUAAUUAUAUUAUGUUUUAUUUGCGAGGUUGAAGUUAUGGCCAUUGAGAUAAUUAUAUGUUAGUGUUUAUUUAUACAGAAAUAGCAUGUUACUAUAUAGUAUACCACUGUACGGGUCCUAGCCGGAAUGACACGAAAACCUUUUCAGUGAUUCGGUUAAAGUCAUGCUUACUGGAAAGCAGGUCACGCUGAAACCAAUUGCAUAAAAAUAAUAAUCGAGGCAGCUACAAGCCAACAUCUGCCGAAUUGUGGUGCAUUGGUUGACCAGUCUUGACCAAUAGACGUGAUUUUGGCUAGGAAAGGAUUACCUUGAAAAAGUUUUUGAGUACCUUUAAAUGUCUGAUUGUUUCAUGCUCAUGUGGUGCAAUAUUGGCAUUCAGUUUCAAAGAAUACACAAACUAGCCGAA